ACACAAGUAACAAGUACACUAUUACUACUACUACUACUACUACUACUAAUAAACAAGGAAAAUGGUAUUCAAAUCUUCAACAUUCUCCCUCCUCCUCUUCCUCUUCCUCUUCCUCCUUUCACCAACAAAACCAUCACUUGCUCUUAAACACCCUCAAAAGCCUAGGAAGCCAUGCAAGAGUAUGUCAUUCUACUUCCAUGACGUACUCUACAACGGCAAGAAUGCCAAAAACGCCACUUCAGCCAUCGUAGCCGCCCCGGCUUGGGCAAACACAACCAUAAUGGCAGGCCAAAACCAUUUUGGAGAUCUCGUAAUUUUCGACGAUCCCAUUACACUUACAAAUGAUUUUCACGCCACACCAGUAGGCCGCGCUCAAGGGUUGUAUUUUUACGACAAGAAGGAGGUGUUUACGGCUUGGUUAGGGUUCUCUUUUGUGUUCAACUCUAGUGAACAUAAGGGUACCUUAAACUUUGCAGGGGCUGACCCUUUAAUGAAUAAGACUAGGGACAUUUCUAUUAUUGGAGGAACUGGUGAUUUCUUUAUGGCUAGAGGUGUUGCUACCUUGAUGACUGAUGCCUUUGAAGGCGAGGUUUAUUUUCGACUUCGUACUGAUAUUCAGCUCUAUGAAUGUUGGUAACGUACUUCAUGCGUGGUUGUAUCAUCCACACUAUAUAGCUCAAUGUUGUUUAUUGAACGGACGCUUAUUUACUUAUUUGUAUGCAUUAUUUUAUUUUCCAAAAUGAGUUUUGGUGUUUUCUUUCUUAAGGAGUCUCUGAUUUGGCGUAAUUUUUUUUUUUUUUUUUUUUUUGUAAAAUAAAAGGUGAAAUGGUGCAUGCGUUACAUCUUGGAUCUAUAGUUAGUUGCCUAGAUGACGAAAUAUAAUUUGGUAUUACGUUAAAAUUGAAAUAUCUAAUUAUGAUGAACCCAUAAGAGAAAGAACCAUCAAAUAUAAGCAACAUUUGCAAGUAGUGUCGUUCAAAUCUAAUACUCCGUUGGUACGAUUAUAUCCGGGUGAUGAAAAUUUUGGUACUACUCGAAUCUAUUCAAGGCGACCCAUGUCAUAUUCAAGUUUAUUGCCUGUUAUUAUUUCAUUAGUACAACUUAAUCAAUAUUAGUCACUUUUACAGUUUUGAUAACAUUAUUUCGAAAACAACCUAUGAUUGGGUCAAAUAUAGGAUCCUUUAAACCUAUAAUAUUUACCGAUAUUUCUAGGUAUGUCAAAUGGGUCGUUGGUUGAUCAUAUUUUUUUUUUUUUUGGUAUGUUUCACUUGACCAACCUAGUUUUUGGGUUUGAAACAUUUAUUAAUAGGAGUACUAACUUUUGAUAGACUUUUUUUUUUAAUACCCUAUACGUUUUUUUUUUCUUUACGUUUUCAUUUUUGGGAGCAGUUGUUUUAAAUCGGGUCGAGCUCCCACCGGAUUUCGAGUCGGGUGAGCUAUUGACAGGUCUCGGGUCGCUAAAUAAAAGUAACCCGCAUCACGAAUUCACGAUUCUCUCUCUUUCAUCCUCUUCGUUCACUUCCGGCAGCCUCUCGGCGCCGUUAGUUCAAUUUCCGGCGGACUCACAAGGUUGCUGAAACGGCAUGGCGCUCGUUUUGGUGCACUUCUAGCUUCCCAGUGCUCUCGAUUCCGCCCAAAUUGGCCGUCAAUUUCCAGGCUAAUUGGCAGGCGAAUAGUUCAUUUGGGUUCGUCCUAUGGCGCUAUUGUUGAUUACUGUUGUGGAGGUCUUGCCUAUUAGUGCAAUUGAUGGCUGUAUGACAUUUGGAGCUGGAGACGGAGGGGUCGAAGAAAGUGUCUGUUACAGACCGCGUUGAUUGAGGGAAGAUUGGAGAUUUUUGGGUAUUAAGUAGCAAAUGGUUAUGUAAAUCUAGCCAAAAAUAACAUAGGUAGUGCCAUGGUUAUAUUGUUCUAGAACCAUAACUUCAUACAGUUGAGAACUUGAAAAGCUAUACAGGUUACGGAGUAUUGUUCUUGCGGUUUCUAUGUAUUAUGGGAUUGUAUUGCGUCGGUCAAGAAUUUGAAUCCUGAUAUUGAUAUGCUAUGGAAGUGAGAAGACAAUGUUAUUUGGUUUCUUUAGCAGGAUA